AACUUGGCCUUUCUUCUCGCUUCUCUUGCAGAUGGAGAAGAAGCCGCAAGACAUCAAGACACUGCCUCACUGUGGGGUGAGGCAGGCCGAGAGAAUCCAGCUGCCAGCCCUGCCGCCUUUGCCAAGGCAGGCAGCGACUCAGGCAGCAGCACCCAAGCAAGUGCCUGCGGCACAGGCAUCAUCGUCUGAAAGGGCCACUUGCAAGCUGCCCCCUCUGCAAGCAGCAGCCUCUGCUUCUUCAGGGGGAGGAAGGGCAAAGUCAUUGGGAACAGAGGCCCGCAGCCAGCAAGAGCUUUUGCCACCUCUUCCCUGCAUCUCUGGCAACAGGGACAGAGCAGUGAGGGCAGAGAGGCGGGAACGUGGCCCACACAGCCCUGUGGCCCCUGACGAGGACGUGGGCAAUGAAAUACGGUCCUUUGUGUCCACCGUCAUAACAAAUGCUCUGCUCAUUUGCAAACGAUCAGCAGCACUUGGGGACCUGGCACAAACGGGGUGCAAAUUGAGAGCAACAAGUUCAGCCUGGGUCCAGACAGACCUGGAGAGGACGUGGACGACUUCUCUGCCAGGGCCUGAUUCCCGGGUAUGCGCAGGAGCAAGGGCUUCCAGCAGAGACCCUGCAGCAGCUAGCCCAGGCCAGGGUAAGAAGAAAAAACAACAGAGAGAGAAACACAUCAAACCCAGGCAGGGGACAGGAAACGAGGGGACAAGCCAAGGCCGGGGCAAGAAAGAGAGCAGUCCCGGGGGAUGCGAUGAAGAGGAGGAGAUCGUCAUCAUCAACUCCUGGAUCAACCCCAGGUUCGCCAGCCUCUUCACAGAGGCACAGGACGUUCCCCAGGAAGAGGGCAGCGCAGCCAGCAGUGUGGACAGGGAGGCAGCACAAGAAGCAAAACACUCAGCAAGCGCCUCUCCUGGCUCGCUGCAAACCAUGGACACUGUCCCAUCAGCUGCUCCCCAGGAAGAAAUUCCUGGGGAAGAGAGGCACAGCACGCCUCUCACUUCAACAACAGCAGCACAGAGCAGGCCAGCAAGUCCUCCAGCAGCCCCUGCUCUGGAAGAUGAGGGACACAGGACGCCUCCCCUGACACGUGGGGCUCCACAGUCAAAACCAGCAGCCUCUCCAAGCCCCAGUGAGCACAGCACUGCAGUGACGGUUGAGAGCCAGGGACGUGCCCGACAUGCCUCCAGUGCCUGUGAUGACGAGCUGGAUGAAGGAGUCAAGACCAUCGUUUCCACAGUCAUACGCCGUGCUGUAGCCAUGAGCCAGGGAGCCCCAAGCAAGGCACCAAGUGCUCCCUCGGCCACAGGACCCAGCGUGCCUCCUCCCACAGCAGAGCCUGCAGACUCUACAUCCUCAGCAUCUGCCUUGGCUGGAGCACUGGGGGACCUGGCACACACGGGGAGCACAGGGAGAGCAACGAGAUCAGCCGGGGUCCAGACAGACCUGGAGAGGAGGCGGACCACUGCUCUGCCAGGACCUGAUUCCGGGAUAUGCGCAGGAGCAAGGGCUUCCAGCAGAGACCCUGCAGCAGCUAGCCCAGGCCAGGGUAAGAAGAAAAAACAACAGAGAGAGAAACACAUCAAACCCAGGCAGGGGACAGGAAACGAGGGGACAAGCCAAGGCCGGGGCAAGAAAGAGAGCAGUCCCGGGGGAUGCGAUGAAGAGGAGGAGAUCGUCAUCAUCAACUCCUGGAUCAACCCCAGGUUCGCCAGCCUCUUCACAGAGGCACAGGACGUUCCCCAGGAAGAGGGCAGCGCAGCCAGCAGUGUGGAAAGGGAGGCAGCACAAGAAGCAGAACACCCAGCAAGCGCCUCUCCUGGCUCGCUGCAAACCACGGACACUGCCCCAUCAGCUGCUCCCCAGGAAGAAAUUCCUGGGGAAGAGAGGCACAGCACGCCUCUCACCACAACAACACCGGCACAGAGCAGGCCAGCAAGUCCUCCAGCAGCCCCUGCUCUGGAAGAUGAGGGACACAGAGCGCCUCCCCUGACAUGUGGGGCUCAACAGUCGAAGCCAUCAGCCCGUGCAAGCCCCAGUGAGCACAGCGCUGCCGUGAUGGUGGAGAGCCAGGGACGUGCCCGACAUGCCUGCAGUGUCUCUGAUGAAGAGCUGGAUGAAAGAGUUGACACCAUCGUGGCUGCAGUCCUACUCCACUCUGUAGCCAUCAUCCAGGGAGUGGGAGCCCCAAGCAAGGCAGCAAGUGCUCCCUGGGUCACAGUGCCCAGGGUGCCUCCUCCCACACCAGAGCCUGCAGAAUGUACAUCCUCGGCCUCUGCCUUGGCCAGAGGCCCUGUGGGGGAGGCCAGUGAAGCCCCUCUCGCUGCAGCAGCAACGCCACAAGAAGAAGGUGGAGAAGGGGCUUCUCCUUUGGCUGCAGAGCCUCUCCGGGAGGCCAUCACAGAUCUCCGCCCAGCAGCAGCUGACAAAGCAGGAGCAGCAGCCACUCCCUUGGUUCCUGGGCACCAGGUGGCCAUCGAGCAGGGAGGCCAAGCACAGUCCUCCUCCUGCACCAAAGAUAUGCCAGCGGAUGAGCCAGCAACGUCCCAGACACAAGCGCCGUCCCAGGAUCUGUUGGCCGGGCCUGUUCAGCGCAGCGAGCAGCAGCAAGCACAAGGCAUCCUUGACCUCGCACAAGCCCCGGCGCGCCAGCCACGGCCCUCCCGCAUCAGGAGGGCACUUCGUGCUCUGCGCAGGGCUUUCCGCUGCAGCUGCAUCGCAGGACAGCGAGAGUAGCCGCGCCCGGCUGUGCCAGUCCCAGGAGGAUGCUCGGAGCUGGCAGCUGGCCCUCAGGAAGCUUUGCAGCGCCCACGGAAGCAUCACUGCGAGGCACAGGACAGCGCCCCAGGAAUUCAGAUGCCCCACCACAUCCUGCCCCCAGCCUCAGCUCAGCUGCGGCUGCUUUCUGCUUUCUGCUCUGAAUAAAAGCUCAGGCAGACUUUUGCCCCCAG